AUGCCGCGGUACUAUCCCAAACAAGAGAAAAUUGUUGAUUUCGACAACAUUUUGGAGGCGAUCAAGUCGGUGAAAAUACAUCACAACAGCGUUCGACAAUCUGCGACGGCACACAAAAUUCCGAGGACCAACCUGAUGCGUUAUAUUGCAGCAUUUGAUGGUGCGAACAUCGACGUUACUACUGCCAAUGCCGAUGUAAUGAAGAAUUUGCUGGCUGAAAGCACGACGAUGGGCACAAAAACAAUCUUCAACAUCGAACAAGAGAAGGCGCUGAUAAGCUACAUUCUCCAGGCCAGAGACAUCAACUAUGGAAUUAGUUUGAUGGAGCUUCGUAAGCUCGCGUAUGAAUUUGCUCGCAAAGUUGGCGCGUCGUAUCCGGAUCCAUGGAAUGACAAUCAACAGGCGAGUAAGGAUUGGCAGUUGGCGUUCAUGAAACGCCACAAAAAUUUGUCACUGCGAACACCAGAGCAAGUAAGCCAGAGCCGUGCGAAGCGAUUCAACAAAGAGAAUGUCGAUGCAUUCUUUGCCAACCUUUCAUCCGUUCUCGGUAAGACGCCGUUUGAACCUCACCGAAUAUGGAACAUGGAUGAAACCGGGUGCUUGACCGUGCCAACCAGACCUGUCAAAACCAUCGCGCGCAAAGGACAAAAGCAGGUCGGCUCAUCAACAUCUGCCGAAAAAGGCACCAAUGUGUCUUUGGCUUUGGCCGUCAGCGCUAGUGGCCAGUCUAUAUUGCCAUUCUUCCUCUUUCCCCGAGGCGCCGAUGCAACCAAUGAACCGUUUAAUUGA